CUUUCAUCAUGACGCAGGAAUGCGUGCGCAAUUGACGCGGGAUUGACGCAUACAUGUUUAUUUUGUGGAUCCUCGCGCAUGCACCCGCCGAUCGGUGGACACGAACAGGUGCUCGUCUGCUCCUCUACGAUUACGUUCGAUCCAGAAAAAAUCCGGAGCCCCCGGGAGGACGAAGUCCCCCUCGAAGGCGGGGGACAAUCGAUCGACUCGCCACCGUCUGAUCACCGAGAGUUGCUCAUCAGGCUCCUCCCGCUUCUCUGGAAAACGAGGGACACUGCGAAUGAAAAUAUGAACGCACAGGAGGCAGAGGUGGAGAACCUUAAGCAGCAGGGUAAUGCGUGCGUUAGGGAGAAAAAAUAUCAGAAGGCGACGCUCCAUUACUCGCACGCGAUCAAGCUGGACCCAAAGAAUUAUUCUCUCUACAGCAACCGAUCCUUCACCUACCUAAUGAUGGAGCGGUACCGCGACGCCUUGAACGACGCUCUGAUGACCAUUCGACUGAAGCCUGACUGGUCGAAAGGUUACUUUAGGAAGGGCGAGGUCGAACUGAAACUAUCCUCUUACAGCGAGGCGCUCGACUCUUAUAACAAGGCUCUGUCCUUGCAACCAAACGAGCCCAAGAUUCUAGAGGCGAUGAACAAAGCGAAAAGGUCGUUGAUUAAAGACAGAAGAGCUGACCAACAGAUCCCAUGGCUCGGAGCUGGCGUUGGUAUUAUAUUAGGAGUCACAGUCGUGAUCGCCGACUACGUUUUCACAAACAAGCCCACCUUAACGCAUCCUCUGCUGAUGGCGUCGUUAACGAUGUCUAUAGCUAUGGUCGGUUUCGGCAUCGCGAAGGGUCUCCGUUACUUCCUGAAACACCAAAGAAAGUCAACGCUGAUAGGAGACUUCUCUCACUGUUUGCUAGAAGCCAACGCGCUGGAUGAUAUCUACGAAAAAGAGGACACGGAUACGAAGAAAAAAGUACGAUAAAGUGCAAACGAGGCAGGGAUACCGCAGAGGAAAAUCAUAAUCCUUUUUGAUAAUUCAUUUCGACUUUCCAUAAUUUGAGUUAAAAGACGGAGCAACGUUCGGACGUCCAAUAUAUAAACGACAAUGCUGCGGAUAAUAUUUGAAUAUGACUAGAUGUCCAUCAUUGAACGUUAUUGUUUUCUAUUGAAAAGAUUAAUAUAUUUUAUAUUUUGUAACUUAUUACUGUUUUUAUUUUAAAUUUUACAAAAGCGCGUGUAAGACAAUAUUUAUGUCGAAAGUGGAUUAAUUCGUUGUUAAAUUUACCAUUUACACGUUUCUUCACGGUACGCGACGAGUGGGUUUAACAGUUUGUACAAACUGCGAGGGACGACGAAACAAAUUAAUAAUUAAUAUAUACAUUGUCAAUACUUCUAAUUAUAACACGACUUAUAACGAAGAAUGUAUCCUGUGAGAAAUAGUAUUUAUUCGAUACGCUAGUAUAAGAGCAUCAUACUUGCAUCACAUUCGCAUUCCUCAUAACUCAAAAACUUGGAAACAUUCUUCCUCGCCAUUGAUUCUUGUACAACAAAGAACAGUAUAAGUGUGCCAACUUAUAAGAUAAUAUGGCUGCGUGUGCGUGCGUGCGUGCGUGUCGUGAGUCUUUCUACUUUCUGCACUGAAUAAUAUAUCAAGCGUGAUUGUAGAGUAUCUCUUGAAACUAAAGAUCUCGAUUGAAAUGAUCAAAGUAGGCGUCGAUUUACCACCUUGCUUUAAAUAAACUGUAAUCCUUAAGCCGUAAGAAAUUAACCAAUCACAGGCAUUGAUU